GGCUUAUGCAAGGCGGCGAUGGACGGAGAAGCGGCGGUUUUAAUUCGAAACUGGUUUAGAUUCGAAUCGAUUGAUCCGGUUCGGUUUGGUUGGAUUAGUUAAUUUUAUCAAAAAGUAAAUUCGGGUUUGGUUGCUGAAAUAGACCGGAGAAAGACGAAGAAUCAGCGAUUUUGUUUGCUCCUCCGAUGGAUUCAGCUCGAGAGGUCAGCGAUGGUAGACUCACCGUUGAGGGUUUCUCUGUAGCUGCUCGAACUUUUGCCGAUAGGUGGAAGAUACAUAACCAAGCGUUCCCUCCAUGGUCCUGGAUUCCUCUGAUCAAUCGAACUCUACUUGUUUCAAAUAAGCAGGAGGAAGGUUACUUGUCGCUAGAGAAGAUCAUCAUUCUCAGUUCACUUGAUGUAGAUUCACAGCUCUUAACAGAAAUUCCAGAGGAUGAAUCUUUAAAUGUCGCAACUGAUUGCUCGGAAAAAGAAGAGUCAAUUGAUCACACAAUCUUGGUCCCAACCCUGGAAAAUGAACCACACUACUAUGAUUUCCAUAUAGUUUACAGUGCUUCAUACAAGGUUCCUGUGCUUUAUUUUCGUGGAUACUGCAGCGGUGGACAACCCCUUGCUUUGGAUGUCAUAAAAAAAGAUCUGCCCUCAUGCUCUGUUAGUCUUUUGCUGGAAUCUAAGUGGACAUUUAUAACUCAGGAGGAGCACCCAUAUUUAAACAGGCCAUGGUUCAAGCUACAUCCCUGUGGGACUGAGGAAUGGAUCAAGCUGCUCUCUCAAAGUAGCAGCUCUUCUGGAUGUCAUAUGCCAGUUGAGUUGUACUUGGUCUCAUGGUUCUCUGUUGUCGGGCAGGUGGUUGGUCUUAGGACCCCUCUUCAGAUGCUGAAUUAGGAACCAUCUUCUGUUAUCAAAAUAUAUGAUGUAAUCAGUGGCUCCAAAGCCUCGGCAACAACUUUUUAAGGUCCUGUAUACUUUCAUGAUGGAAAAGAUUUUUCUGAAGAACUAGGGACUGAAAAACUUGAGUUUCUUUGGCAUAUAAGUGAGAUGGCUUCAAUUCAUGAAUCUGCAAAUAUUGUAAUUAAAUCUAGCUACUAUGUUCUUGAGGUAUCUCAGUUGAAUUCUUUUUUUCCAACAAACCAUUUUGCUUACACCUCUUCGGAUAAUUGUAAAAUAACAGCUGAUUCUUAAAAAAAGGUUGACAGCUUAUGUGACA